AUGUCAAGAACACUUGUUUAUCGAACUAAUAAAGAAUUUGAUAAAUGUGCCGAACUCUUACGUAAUAUACUUAGUGCUCAAGAAUCACGUCGAAAUUCGAAAUCAUCCAUUAUUGGUGAAACAUAUCGAAAAAAUCAACAACAACCUCAAAUACACACGCGCAUAAAAAAACAAAAUGCUAAACCAAUUGUUUCAAAGACGUCUUUCAUUAAAACAAAUAUUAGUAGUAGCACUGAACUUGAAGAACGUCGAUCUUCAUACUCACCGACUAAAUCUUUAUUAUCAUCAACAGGAACAACAACAACUACUGAGGACCAGUCAUUAUUAAAAAGUCGUGUAAGUUCAACUAAAUCUCGUAAACAUCAAACGCGCUCUCCAUCUUCAUCUACAACUCAAAAUAUUCAUCAUCGUACUACAACACCAAUAAAAAAUUCUCCAUCAAUAAAUAAUAAAUUUCGACAAAAAUCUCCUUUAUCACCAAAUCGACGUCGCCGUCGUCUUACAAAAAACCAACAAGAACUUAUACGAAGUUCAUCGUGUGGAGAUUUACCCUUAUCUAAUUUUAUGCAUAAGCAACAGACACAUUUUAUUAUUGAGCAAUUCGUUAUCCAUCUAAUACGUAUUCGAACUAUUUCCAAACUAAUUCGAGCAAGAAAUACUAAUACAGUCAAUGAUCCAGAGUGUUAUCGUUUAUGGAAUGAGCUUGAAAGUUCACUUUCAUCCGCACUUUCCUAUGCUAAAGAUGAUAUCCAAUUUCAAUUGUCAUUAGAACCGUUGAGAAACGAAAUCUUCGAACUACGAAAACAAUUAAAAACCACUAAUGUUCAUUUGCGUGAAUUCGAUACUCGUCACAAUGAUGAAACAUAUAUUCAUGUACGGAAAAACCAUGAUACAAAUCAAUAUCAGUGUUCUCAAUUAUUAGUAAAAAAUCAAGAAUUAAAAAUGCAAUGUGAUUUAUUACAAGAAAAAAUAGAGAGUUUAGAGCGUAACAAUGCUCGUCUAAUACAACGAUCGGCUCAACAAAAUCUUCGUUCCCUUGCUGAACAUACAGGAUGGGUUUCAACUGAUAAUCGUUUUCUUCUUCGCGAAGAAAUUUUAUUAUUAAAACAAAAGUUAUAUCAUGUCUAUGAUGAUCUUGCUACAUUGUUUAAUCGAAAUCAUACACUUGAGUUAUCUUAUGGUGAACAAAAACAACAAAUUAUACUAUAUAAACAACAAUUCAAUGAUUUAAAGCAAUCAGCUCAACACCUUUUACAUGAUCUAGAUAAAAAAUCCAUAGUAGAAGAUAAAGUUAAACGAUUUUUAAAUCAUAUUAUUCUUGACCAACAGCAUUCUGGACUACCGUCAAGUACAUAUAAUCAAACACAUAUAACUCCAAGAAAAGCUGUCCCAUCAAUUGUCAACUCAUCUGUUUGCUUCUUGGAAACACCUCACAAAGCACCAGUACCUCCACCACCUUCACCAGGCACAACUAGAGCACAUGCAACACUCAUUACUGUAACAGAUAAAUUGCGACCAAAAUCACUUUUCGUCACUCCAACUGUUCUCAACGAUGCAACAGCUCUUUCAAAACUACGGCAAAAUCAAAGUCCAACAUUUGACCUGACAAAUCAUACCCCUUGUUCAUCAUCAACUAUUUGUGAUGCCGAGUCAAUAUUAACGUCAUCUUCGCCAUCGACAUCACUCAUUUAUCAACAACGAAAACAAUUAACUUUAUAUAAUAGUUUGCCAUCAUUAAAUGUUCCUCAAACAAUCGAUGUGGCCACAACUACUAAAGCAACAGUAGUAGCAGCAGCAGCACGUAAUCAGCAAUGUUUUGAUGAUAAUAAUCUUAAUAACAAUGAAAGUGGCCCUGAACUAGAUCAAAUAUCAGAUUUAACAUCGAAAAUGUUUAGUUCAGAAGACGAAGACGAAGAAGAUCAUGAUGAUGAAGAUGCUGGACUUGGCAUAAGUGAAACUUCAGCUUCUUCUUUGUCAACUACUCCCUCUGAUGCGGAACAACUCAUACAAAUAUAA